AUGUGCAUGUUACAAAAGGGCUCACGUGGAUUCGCGUAUUAAAUUAUCGUAUUCAGUUUCAAUUGUGUGAAAUACGACGAUGGCUGAAGUCAAUGCCAGGAGAGAAGCGAGAAAGCGGCGAAUAUUAGAAAACUCAGAAAGUCGUCUACGCAGAAUUACAGGGAGAGUUAAUUCGGUCGAAAUCAAAGAUAAUGAUCCACAAGUGGAAAGCAAUGGUCUUAAAGCAGAUUCUAAUUUUGGAGAGGACAAUGUCAGAAAUGGUGUAUGCAAUGUCAGUAGCGACACAAAAUUGAAAAAUUGCACAAGAUUUGACAACAGACAUGAAAGUUUUUUAAAUGACAUCAGCAAUAAGAAUAUACAUUCGUCGGAACAAGCAUCUAAAUCAGAAUUUAUGUCAUACACAUUAUUAUUCAGUUGUGUCAGUUUCAUCUUGCUAGCGGGAAUUGUCAAUAUUUUGUUUGUGCUGAAACUCGACUAUUUAUUUGGGCAGGCAGUUAUCAUACCUUACUUAUUAUUGACGAUGGGACGUUUAUAUAGCUGUACGACAUUAUAUGAAGCACAAGACAACAGUUUAUUAGUCAUUGCUUUGAUGUUGUGCAAUGUUAAACCUAGAUUAAUUCAUAUAUUCAAAAUAUCAUUCGCGUUAUUCACUAUGAUACUUAAUGAUUUUUGCUUAUAUAUGUUUAGUUUUGUAUUGAUGCGCUAUAUCAUUAUUCGCUAUUAUUACUAUAAUCCUGCAGUACCAACAAAUGCAUAAUUACUCUGGUAAUGGAGUGAGUGAAGGUAAAGUGGAAUUCUAUUGUUGGAAAUUUUGUACAAUUUUGUAAUGUUGAAAAGGUAGAAGGCUGUUCUCAGAAGAAUAUAAAAAUUGAUAUAUUAUUUUUAAAACCAUGCAGCUGUAUCAUAUUUUUUUACGUCUUCAGCAUUAUGCUGUCAUUUUAACUGAAUAAUAGGUAUUGUAUAAG